GUUCCGCCUACCGGCGCCUCCUGCUAAACCGAAGUUAGCCCUUUGGGGCUCCAGGAUGGGCAUCCUGGGGACUAUCAGGUCAGCUAGGGGAAGAGCACAGGGCCCCACAGGUGCGGGUCCUUGCUCACUGACAUGCACUGCUUAGGGAGUCCGGUAAGCUACGGAACACCAUGCAUCUCUUCCUUCGGUACAGCGCACAAGUCGGAACUCUGUGUUGAGACUCCUGUUUCUGCCCGGCGGGACACCAGCGCCGCUCAGAGUUCACCGGGACCAAGGUUGCGGACUCCAGUCGCUAUGGUAACGUGGCCCGAACUUUAGGCGCGGGCGGGAGAGUGCGGAUGCUCGGAAUCCUGGAGACCCCGGUCCCGCCUGGCGCAGCUCUAGGUCGUACGCAGGAGUCGAAGCUAAUUCCGUAGGGUCCUGCCGGGUGACACACGCGCUGUCACCAUGCUGCCGCCAUGCUCAGAGCGGGAACUGAGUGAGCUUUUGGCACAAAAGGAGGAGGAAUGGCGAGCCCUGCAGGCCCACCGUGCACAGCUGCAGGAGGCAGCUCUACAGGCUACUCAGAACCGCCUGGAGGAGGCACAAGGGAAGCUGAGGCGCCUACAGGAGGACUUUGUUUACAACCUUCAGGUGCUGGAAGAGAGGGAUCGUGAACUGGAGCGCUAUGACGUUGAAUUCACCCAGGCCCGCAGGCGGGAGGAGGCCCAACAAGCAGAGGCCAGUGAGCUCAAGAUAGAGGUGGCCAAGCUGAAACAGGAACUCACCAGAGAGGCCAGGCGCAUGGAGGAGCUGCAGCAUCAGCAUAAGCUAAUGCUGCAGGAGCACCGCUUGGAGCUGGAGCGUGUCCACAGUGACAAGAACAGCGAACUCAACCACCAGCGGGAGCAGUAUGAGAACCUGAAGUGGAAACUGGAGAGAAAACUGAAGGAACUUGAUGGUGAGCUUGCUCUGCAGAGACAGGAACUGCUGCAAGAAUUUGAAUCUGAAGCUCAGAGAAGGGAGCAUGAGUUCCAACUGAGAGCUGAUGACUUGAGCAACACUGUCUUGACCCACGAGCUCAAGGUAAAGCUGCUGAACAAAGAGCUUCAGGCUUUAAAAGAAGCUGGAGCACAGGCAACAGAGAGUCUGCAGAAGGCAGAAACAGAGCACAUUGAAUUAGAGAGGAAGCUACAGGACCAUGCCCGGGAGCUACAGGAUCUGGAGGCCAUGAAGGAUGCUCGGAUAAAGGACUUGGAGAAGAAGCUUCACUCUGUACAGCUGGCCAAGAAGAAAGCUGAGGAGACUUUCAGGAGGAAACAUGAAGAGCUUGACCGUCAAGCCAGGGAGAAAGACACAGUGCUAGCAGCAGUGAAGGGUGCUCAUGCAGAGCAGCUGCAGGCGCUGGAUGCCAGGGUCCUGGAGCUUCAGUUCCGAUGUGAAACGCUGGAGGGACAACUGCGAAGGGCUGAGUGGAGGCAAGCUGAGGACACCAAGGAGAAGAAUUCCCUUACUGACAAAUUUCGUGAAGAUGCAGCAGCUCUGAAAGCUGCCUGGGAUGCCCAGAUCGCUCAGAUGUCCAAGGAAGCUGUUUCCAAAGACCUUCAGAUUCAGGCACUACAGGAAGAGGAAAUGAAGCUCAAAGCACAGGUGGCCAAGUCCCAACAGGACAUAGACAGGUACAAGCAGCAACUGUCCCUGGCAGUGGAAAGGGAGCAGAGCCUGGAGCGUGAGCAGGUACAGCUAGGCCUCGACUGGCAGCGUCGCUGCGAUGACAUUGAACGUGACCAGAUCCAGAGAUCAGAGACUUUGAUCCAAGGGCUGACCAAGGCCAGAGAUCAGGUUGCUGCUAAGCUCCAGGAGACAGAGAGGGCACUGCAUAAGCAGGAGACACUGCUGAAGGCUGUGUCGCUGGAGCGAGACCAGGCUAUGGAAACUCUGCGGACACAUGGGCUCCUCCCUGGACAGGAGGCACAGGUACCUCCUCAGCCCCAUGAAGGAGAAAUAAGGACGGAUUCUCCAUCUAGUGAGAUCCAGAGGCUGCAGGAACAGAAUGCAGGUCUGCGGAACGCUGUUUCACAGAUGAGGAAAGAGAUGGAAAUGUUGAGUGGCCAUCUUCCCUCUGCCCAGUCAGAAGAGCGUUCAAAUGCAAACCCUGAGCCCAAGGCUGGAGAAGAUUCAGCCCCUCCAGAUUAUGUUCUGGCCCUUGAAGCAGAAAUGCAAACCCUAAAGCAUGGACUCAAGGCACUGGAAGAGCAGCUGCCAGGCACGGGAGAGCCAGGGAAGACGUCCACGGCCACCGCCGAUCCACACCACGGCGCCCACAACUCUGCAGAAGCAGCUGAUGCAGCCCCGGCAGACCAAACACUCAUUACAUUGGCACUCAGAAAACUUGGAGACAGGGUGCAUCUCUUGAACUUGCUAGUGACACAGCUCAAAAAGAAGCUAAGACAGAAACCCCUGGAGCUGGUCGCUGUCCAACAGGAGAUCCCCAGUGAAGUGGACCAGGUACACCUGGAGGUUUUAGAGCUGCAGAAGCAGGUGGCUGAGCUAAGGAAGCAUCUCAAGAUGACACAACCCCAAGGAGAGCCUUCAUACAUGAAGCAGUUACAGAGAGAGGGUCUGGCAGACUGGCACCCCAUGGGCAUGGAAGACCAGACGGAGUCCCCCACUUUCCUCCAGGAAGGGGCACAGCCUCCACAGACCACAUCUGUGUCCCAUCUGCAAAGAAAAUUAAAGGACGCAGCUAGGAAGAUACUCAACCUCCUCCUAGAGAGGGAGCAGCUCCUAGAAAUGGGAAAUAGACUCCGAGCUGAGCAGGGCCACGCGAAAGGGAAACUGACUCCUUGCCCAGGUCCUCCCACCUCUGAGCCCCAGGAUCCCCGGGAGGUACCUGAGAGACCUUUGGAUCGUGGCCCACCUUUGGGACAAUUGCAGCCCCAUUCAACAACUCAGGACCCCAGGCACACCAAGAGAAAAUGUGUUUCUGAAUAUGCAGGGAAGAAUCAACCCCACUCGGCACAAGUGGUCAACAAAAACUCCACCCCACAAGGCCACAAGGCAGGAAUGGCAUCAAGGCCUGUGCAGAAGCAGCAUAGAAUCCCCACAGAGACUUGGAAGUCAGUUUAUCAGAAAGAAAACAGGACUCCAAAGCUACCACAGGCUCAAGAAGUCCCCGAAGAAAGUGACCACCAUACACACAGAUCAUCUUCAUUGGCCAGCAGUUCCCUCCUAGAUACCUGGAGGCUGCUAGACCUGGGAUCCAGCCUUUCAGGCGUCCCCUCACAGGAUAACUCUGCUGCAGAGUGUCCCGCACCUCUGGGACCCAGCCGGAGCCCUGUCCCCACACAAAGGGUCAGCUGGAGCCCUGUCCCCACACAAAGGGCCUUUGCUGUCAAAGGGCUAAAGAUGGAAGCUCAGCCAAAAGCCUUACACCCCAGACCCAGCAAGUCGCAUCCAGCAAAACCUGCAAACUGCCAGCCACAGCGACACCCGAGGAUCCGCAACUACAACCUCAAGGACUAGAUCUCAGCUCCUGCAGGGUACUGCACAGGGGCUGCCACCUGGGUCCACGGGGCCUGUGCAUGUACAAGUUGGGAGUGAGUACACACAGAAUACACAGGUGGACUGUGACACAGGACAGACUCCCAAAUGCUGGCCUUCCUGAUACUAAAGAGAAAUUAAAACCCUCCUCCAUCUGCU